UUAUUCAUUCAUCCAUUGUAGUGCAGAAAAAAAAUGUGACUUGUUUGAUUUAAUUUCUGUUUUACUUAAUAAGUGCUAGAUGAAGAUUAUUUACGUUCAAAAUUUGUUUCUUUAUAUUUUAACGUACUUCCCCGAACAUACUCAUUAUAUUUUAUACAGUUACAAAAGCACAUAGCACAGUCGAUUCACGGCCUAACAAGAUCUCUUACAAAGAAGCCGUGCGGCGUCGGCACUCGGCGUUUUAUGUUAUUUGUUUGACAUUGAAGAGGUAGUUGCGUUUAGAUGUUGCAUUCGAUACAAAUAAAGUAUUGAUACAUCUGUGAAUCGGCACAUCUAGUGAAAAUGUCGGGUCGCGUCCGAAAACAAUCGGAUUGCCCUGUGGGCAAGCAGGGUCCUAUGCGAGCGACUUUGCCGGUCUCUUCAAUUAUGAAACCUAGUGGCGGAUUCAAAAAAAAUACUGGCAACAGCCCCACUCUUUCUCCCACCAACGUGUGGCGACGGAUUUCCCCUGAUCACGCUCUUUCCGGUCAGAGGAGCCCCGGAGCUGUCAACUAUAAAGGUAAAGGAUCCAGUGUAAUUCGUCGCACAGCAUCCUUAGAUACUUUGUAUCAAAAAGGGAAAUGGUCAAGAGACUACUAUCUUCAUGCGGGACAGUUACAAGUUGAUAAAUCUACUCAGACUGAUGAUGGAGGUGGUGUAUCUGGAAGGUCUUCAAGAGGCUCAGAAGAUGAUAAGCUAGAUCGUUUUCUUCGCAGUCGUCUGCAGAGACCACACAAACCAUCAGGAUCUGGAGAUUUUUCUGCACAUUCUAUGAGUCCUGGACUAUGGUCCCGUUUUAGUGGUGGUGCAGUGCCCUUAAGGGCAGCUCGAUCAUCGGUGGAGGGUCUGAACCAGGAGAUUGAAAGACUUGUACUUUGUCCAGCCAGUGGCACACAGACUCCUCAUCUUGACAGAUUAAGGGAUAAGGUGACACCUGAAGGUCACCGAGCUCCGCUGGCCGAUCUCCUGCGGCGAUCUGUCAACACUCAAACGCCACACGACCUCUGUCAUACUGCACACUCCUCAGGUGGAAGUGUUUGUUCGUCUCCGGAUCUCGAUGGCUCGAAACUGGGGACUUCGCCACAGAUCAAUAGAUUCUUGGCCCGUGAACCCCCAGACGGUUGUGAAAAGGUACAGGUGAACCUGAAAUCGGGCGACGGCACCCACACGGAGUCGGUGUCGGUGAUGAAGCCCUCGGCGCCGGGCUUCACGCUGCGGCCCUCCGUCUGCUCGGCCUUCCAGCCUCUGCAGCCGCACCCCCCGGCCUCCGACUAGCCCCCGGACUCGUCGCUUCGACGGACAGACGAGACGGCCUAGCCAGAGCUUCGCUUCUGUCUCUCGAAACGUAGAGCCGAACGGUUCGGUUCCGUUGGAUUUCUUUAUAUAAUUUUCUCAUUUAAUUUUCCUUCAUAUUCGUCCAGUCUCGUCGAAUCUGCGACGGCUUCUCGAUUUCGGCCUAUUGCCGGUUUAUUUAAGGGGCGACCAACAAAUGGGACAGUACAAUGAAAUCGGGAUUCGGAACAUUUUUUAUGAACAAUUUAUAGAUUUAAACCAUGGAACUCUGACUUUUGCCAGGCGUUCGGUCGUCGGGUACAAAAGGGUUCGUUUGCGCGGUUCACUUUGGAGCCGGAAGCGUAUUUUCAUACUCGACAGAUGUACAGGGCGCAAGAAAACCGAUUUGUACCCUCGUACUGAUGCGGUACUAUGUUGGAUAUGAUUCGUGUUGACAAUUGACGUUUAACCUUUGAGUGAAAAUGAAUUGGAAGUAUUUUUUCUUGUAUAAAUUCAGAUAACUGUCUUCAUCUGUGAGCUUGACCGGCCGUAUUCCAAAAGGUGAAAACUCACAAUGUCUAUCAAACCGUUGACGUUUCUGUGGUGCUCCAGUGUGAACCUCGAGAUACUUUUUGGAAUACGGGUCGAAGGGAAUCAACCCUCGCCGUUAAGGGUUUAUACAGUUUGAGCGAUGACACCUGAUGAUUUCUGGGAUAUUUGUUGUCUGUCGAAAGCCGGACGCACAGAUUGUAAAUUGUUCAAUGAAAUAUAUCUUUAUAACACAAGGGGCCCGAAAGAGUCCAGUGAAGUAGAAUUUAGGAUCUGUUCGUCCCGCGUUCUCUGGAAGACAAAUUCCUCAAAUUGUGUUCGCAUCCAGAUUUCCAGAAAUGAAUAGAAACGACAAUAAUAAUCGUUUUAGGUUAAACUCUAUGGAGGCAAUGGCUUACACAAAUGUACAUACUUUGAUAUUUGGAGUGUGGCUGGAUUUCAGUGAUCUCAAUUUAGUUAAAGCUAAUUUUCGUUCGACAUAUCGUCAGUUAAAACCGUUUAUAUAUUUUUGUAAGAACUAGGACCAAACGAGGGGUUUCGGUCUCGGAUUCGAAACGGGUCUCUCGGGAAAAUAGCUUUAAAGGGACUCGACGAGGGAAGCGGGAAGAUAGACUGAUUUUUGGAAAUUUUACUCGUACUUUGAUACAGGUCUCGACAAGUGAAAGUUAGUUAGGACGCACUCUUUACGCACGAACGAAAUCACUUUAUUCCGUAACGAAAUAGCUUUUGCGACCGCAUUUAGUUUGUACGCGGCCCCGGUGUACGCUUUCAUCAUCAUCGCAUUUUAAAACUCACCGGGCUUAGAUCGGCUUCAUUAUUUUUGAUAGCGUUACAGAGACCAUUACGGCGAAUUUAUAUUUUGGCUCACCUUUGGAACCGAGUACGGUGAUAUUGCUCAAUCGAAAUUUAUAUUAGGGCCACUAUUCGAUAUGUGCCGAAUUCGACGAUGUAAACUUGCGAUAUGUAUAUAAUGAUAAUAGCAGAUGACGUAUGUACGCUUAUGAUUUGACAAACGAAUGUGAUACGCGACUGGAAAGUUGACUGCGAGCCCUCGAUCGAUUCCAUUUCGUCGUGUGAAAUAUGAACUGUAAUUAGCGAGCGCUGCGCAAACGCGAGAAACGUAAAACCGAGCCAGUAUUGAAAUCCGGAUUUCCGUGUAGAUUUUGUCAUAAGUGCAAUAUAUAGCCGUGUGCGUGUGCGUCGACGUCGCGGGGCGAGGGGGGGCGGGGGCGGGGGCGGGGCGUGGUCGGCUGUCGUCGGGCAUCCGUAACUUUUUGAAAGUACAUAAAGAUAUUUUUGUAUGCGAGGGAGAUGUACCAUAAGAUAACUUUGCUAGGAUCUUAGAUUUGAUAGUUCUUUUAUAGAAGGUUAAUUAUUUUAAUGUUUGCUUUUAGGUGAUCGAUAAGUUUGUAAUUUUUAUUACUAUGAUAUUAGAUUAAAUAGUAACGUUUAAACUAAACCAAAAGUGCCCAUUGAUAUAAGUUUACACGAGAGAGCCUCUCGUGCGGCGUUUUGUUGUAAUGUUUAGGCGUCAAAAUUAGGAAAUAAGAAAAUUAUCGACGGGUUGUUGAGUUUUAGUUAUCGUAUUGUUGAGGUUUAUUGAUAAAAAAAGUGAUUUAAUUUUUUUACUUGCAACGCUUCACGAAAGGCUCGUCUCUAGAGGCAUUGACUAACAUCAAUAAUAAUAGUAUCGAUUUUAAGUAAUGAUAAGAAUGGUUUAUUAUAGUUUUGUUCGAAGAAGAAAUUCUAAUUACUAUUUUUGUUUCCAAUAUUUUAUCACUUUUACCUGUUUUCAUUGUAUUGUAUCUUGCUGUAUUGCAGACAUAUCCAAUAUACAGACUGAUUUAA